CAUGACGAUAAGAGUUUAUAAAUAUCCUAGGAUUCGUACUGGCCGUAGUGUCGCCACGAGCGACCACAGACAUGGCGGCUACACUGGGACUUUUGGCCAGCUUCGCACUCCUCGUUGCAGGAGUGUCAACCCUGCAGUACGGCGGGCGACUGCAGGAGACGUGCGAGGGGCAAGCCGGGGGGUCGACCUCUGGCUGGCUGUGCGGGGAGAGGAACACGUAUAAGGACACCAUCUUCGCCAGCUUCCGAGGCGUGCCGUAUGCUAAGCCGCCGCUGGGAGAACUCAGGUUUAAGGAACUUGAGCCUGCCGAGAAAUGGGAGGGAUUCCUGGACGCCACCACGGAGGGUCCCAUCUGCCCGCAGCACACCAUCGUGCUCAACCCGCUCAUGAACCCUCGAGGGAUUGACGAGGAUUGCAUCACAGCCAAUGUGCACAUUCCUCUGGCGCACAGGAGUGGGAGGAUCUACGGGAAGAUGCCGAUAGUGGUGGUGGUCCACGGCGGCGUGUUCGGCAUUGGAUCCGGGGACCCGGAUAUCCUGGGACCGGAGUAUUUUAUGACGAGAAGCGUGAUUGUCAUCACCUUCAACUACAGGCUAGGUGCCCUCGGCUUCCUGUCGCUCAACUCCACGUCGGUCCCGGGCAACGCGGGGCUGCGCGACGUGCUCACCUUGCUGGAGUGGGUGCAGGACAACGGGGAAUACUUCGGCGGAGACACGCGUGACGUCACGCUGCUUGGACAUAGUUCUGGCGGGAGCAUCGCGCAUCUGCUGGCCUUGUCGCCACUCACGCAGGAUAAGGGCUUGUUUAACAAGAUUGUAACGAUGAGCAGCGUCGGUGUACGCGGCUUCUUCAACUACAACCCUGAGUAUGCGGCGACGGCGGCGCAGGCCUUCCUCACGACCAUGGGCAUCAACGCCACAGACCCCGAGCAGAUCCACCAGGAGCUCGUAGCUGCACCCAUCAGCCAGUACAUCGAGGCCAGUCGAGUCCUGCAGGACCAGAACAUACUGCCCACCUUCUACCCCGUCAUAGAGUCCGUCCACGAAGGAGUCAAGAGAGUCAUAGACAUGGACCCGGAAAGGCAGAUAGAGAUCGGUCGCGGCGAGAAAAUACCAAUGCUGAUCGGUUUCGCCGAGUACGAGUUCUCGAUCCUGAAGCCGAGACUCGAGGACCUGAACAUAACUGCGACACUAACCGCCAUGCCAUCCGUAGUUGUGCCACCACUUCUAGCGUUCUCUCCGCGAGUGAGUGAAAUUAUCCCGAUCAUGCAGAACCGGUACUUCGCCGAGAACGGAACAGCUGAUGAAUUCGCGCGGCUGCUGUCCGAAGUGAACAUCGUGUAUCCUUCCAUCUACGUGGCCCGGAGGCGUGCGGCGCUGGGCGGGGCGGAGUCCUUCCUCUACCAGUUUGCCUACCGCGGGGAGCACCGCGUGCUGGACGCCAUCACUCGCGUCAACGAGACGGCGCACUUCGAGGACCUCACGUACCUGUUCAAGCAGAACAGCGACGCGGCCGUGCCCGAGGACCAGCUGGACGGCAGCCAAGACCGGGUGAUUCAGAACUGGAUGCUCGAUCUCUUCACCAACUACAUCACCAAGAGUGACCCCGCUGGCUCCUACGUGUCCUGGCCAGCAGUGACUCGGUUCCUGUUCCGCUACCAGGAGAUCAGCGCCGCCAGCUACCAGGUCGCGUCCGUCGAGAGCAACCAGGAGCUGAGGGAACUAGAGGAGUUCUACGACGCUCUCUAUGCAGAGUACGGAGACUUCUAGAAGUUCUAGAAUGGUCGGCGGUGUCCAAGAAUACUCAACGAAUACAGAUUUCAACCUAAUAGCGUAUAAGGAAAUUCAAUGACUAGUAAAGUGGUAUUUUUUUGUAAUCUGUUUGACUGAUUAAUAAUUCAAUGUUUUAGUAAUCAAUUUGGCAGAUAAUAAAUAAAGAUUAAGGAAAAA